AUGGCUGCUCCUCAGGGUUACCCUCUUCUCUGCUUGGAGAACCCCCUCCUGGAUAUUCAAGCUGUCGGUGACGAGGCCCUCCUUGAAAAGUAUGGACUCAAGGCCAACGAUGCUAUCCUCGCCGAGGACAAGCACAUGGGUCUCUACGAGGAAUUGCUCAAGAACGAUGCCAAGUUGAUUGCCGGUGGUGCCGCUCAGAAUACUGCUCGUGGCGCUCAGUACAUCCUCCCCGAAAACUCGACUCUCUACAUUGGCUGUGUCGGCCGUGACAAGUAUGCCGACUUCCUCAAGGAGGCCUGCGAAAAGGCCGGCGUCCACACUGAGUACCGCGUCGACGAUGAACAACCCACUGGCAAGUGCGGUGUCAUCAUUACUGGCUACAACCGCAGCAUGUGCACCCAUCUUGCUGCUGCGAACGAGUACAAGAUUGAGCACCUGAAGCAGCCGCACAUUUGGUCCCUCGUCGAGAAGGCUCAGUUCUACUACGUCGGUGGAUACCACCUGACUGUCUGCGUCCCUGCCAUUCAGGCUCUUGGUGAGGAGGCUGCUGCUAAGAACAAGGUCUUCAUGCUUUCUAUCUCCGCUCCUUUCAUCGCCCAGUUCUUCAAAGACCAGCUCGACAGCGUUCUCCCUUACACCGACUACACAUUCUGCAACGAGACCGAGGCCGUUGCCUACGCUGAGAGCCACGAAUGGGGCACCACCGAUAUUGUCGAGAUCGCUAAGAAGCUCGCUCAACUGCCUAAGAAGAACACCAGCCGCCCCAGGGUUGCUGUCGUGACUCAGGGCACUCUACCCACCAUCACUGCCACUGUCACCUCCAGCGGCGAGGUCGAAGUCAAGGAGUUCCCAGUCCGUGAGAUCUCCAAGGACGCCAUCAACGACACCAAUGGCGCUGGUGACGCUUUCGCUGGUGGUUUCGCCGCCGGUGUUGUGCAGGGCAAGUCGCUCGAGGAGAGCGUCGAUCUCGGCCAGUGGCUCGCCAAGCUUAGCAUCCAGGAGCUGGGUCCUUCCUUCCCGUUCCCCAAGCAAACCUACACCCCCGAGCGCUCAUAA